AUGGUUCGAGCCAUGUCUUCUAAGGACCACAUAAAUCCAUAUGAAUUUAUUGUCGCUUUCAUAGACGUCAUUGGACGUUGGUGGAUUCAGAUGAUGGGAUUCUUUUUCAUGACUGUUUUCAUGUUUGCCAUUGCCUUCCCCUACAAAUAUUGGCAACAAAAGGAGAACCGUAUCGGGUUCAUUAUUAUGUAUGGGCUAACCUUCUUCUUUGCCAACUUUGGUCCUAAUGCCACAACCUUCGUGGUUCCCGCAGAAGUCUUCCCGGCUAGGUUGAGAUCUACUUGCCAUGGUAUAUCUGCAGCAACUGGAAAAGCCGGGGCUAUAGUAGGAGCCUUUGGAUUUGUGUACGCCUCGCAAGAAAAGGAUCCGGCUAAGAGAGAUCAUGGUUAUCCCGCCGGUAUUGGGAAGAGUAAGUCUCUUAUCGUGCUCGGUGUCAUCAACUUUAUUGGUAUGCUUUGCACUUUAAUGGUUCCCGAAUCUAAGGGUAAGUCACUUGAAGAAUUAGCUGGCGAGGUUGAGGUCGAUGACGACCGCAGAGGAUCCGCUUGAUUAACAUUGCGGUGAAUUGGAGCUGUUGCCUACUUCUUAAUUAUCAGUUGUUCGGCUCCAAUAUUUCUCUUGUUUGCUACUUCAGUUGCUUUAAUACCUUCCUGUUGGUUAUAUCCCUUUACAACCAACCUAGCCUUAUUUCUUACAAUUGUACCAUAUUCAUCAAGUUUGUUUCGAAAGACCCAUUUUAAACCUAUGACCUUUUUAUCUAGUGGCUUAGGUUCAAGAUGCCAUACCUGAUUUCUUUUGAAUUCAUUAAGUUCCUCUUGCAUGGCUAUAAUCCAGUCAGGGUCUUCUAAGGCUUCUUUAUGGUUGCAAGGUUCCAAAGUAGAUAGAAAAGCAUUGAAGGCACAGAAGUUCCUCAUUUGCGAUCUAGUCUGAGUUCCUUCGCAUAAGUCACUAAUAAUUUUGUCCAGUGGGUGUGACUUUUGGUGCUUCCAAGGUUUGGGCUGGAAGGUUUGGAUAGUAACUAUUCUUAUUUUCUGAGCCAGUUGCUUCUUCUUCAGUGAUUUCCUCUUGUGUUAUUGGUUCCUCGGCAGGUUCUUCAAUCUGAGGUUGUUCUAUCGAAGGAACUUCAGUCAGUAUGUCGAGUUCCUUCUCCGGAUUUUCAUGAUUUUCAUUUACUCGAGUUGGCUGCUUAUUUGGAAUUAUUGCAUCUUCUUCUUGUUCUUGAGAACGUACUAGACCAAUUUCAAAGUCAUAGUCCUCAUGUUCCUGUGUACAUGGAAGUGGAUUAGUUUCAUCAAAUAUAACAUGCACACUUUCCUCAACACACAUAGUACGUUUAUUGUAAACUCUAUACGCUUUACUGUUAGUAGCAUAUCCAAGAAAUACGGCUUCAUCACUUCUUUCAUCAAAUUUCCCUAUGUUUCUUUUACCAUUAUUAUGCACAAAACAUUUACAACCGAAUGCUCUAAGAUGAGAUAUGU